GCUGAAGGAGAUACCAAGGGCGAUAAGGCCAAAGUUAAGGAUGAGCCACAACGGAGAUCAGCGAGGUUAUCUGCUAAGCCUGCUCCUCCCAAGCCAGAGCCUAAACCUAAAAAGGCAGCUCCAAAGAAGAGUGAGAAGUUGCCCAAGGGAAAGAAGGGGAAGGGUGAUGCUGGCAAGGAGGGAAACAACCCUGCAGAAAAUGGAGAUGCCAAAACAGACCAGGCACAGAAAGCCGAAGGUGCUGGUGAAGCCAAGUAAAAUGUGUGAAUUUUUGAUAACUGUGUACUUCUGGUGACUGUACAGUUUGAAAUACUAUUUUUUAUCAAGUUUUAUAACAAUGCAGAAUUUUGUUUUACUUUUUUUUAAGCUAUGUUGUUAGCACACAGACCGCUUCGUUGUUGUGUUUGGGGGGUGGGGGGUGGGAACAGUGGGGACAAAUGUCACUUAGUCUAUUUCUCAGAACCUAAAUUUUAAUAAGAAAAGUUCUCCCCGUCUCCCAGUUUUUUGGAAGAAGGGCUCUUCCUGAAUAGGGGAGGAAGAGAUUCCUUCAUGCUGCACAUGUGUUAAGCUCUGUGAAGUGCAUCCGAGUGAACAUCAAAGCUCCCAAGAUGCCCAUUGCCCACUUCCAAACGGCAGUUUGUAGAUCCCUUUGUGUUUCCUUUGGUGUCCACGUUGUUUGCCCAGACCCAUCGCUCCGAAACAACAGCAAAACCGGCAUUUUGGGACUUGCCAC